AUGAAGGUCCAUAUGGGGGUGACAGUACUCCAUCAUCAUCAACAACAGCAACAACCACAUCCCUCACGCCCUGUGCCUACGAUAAGCCCGACUAGUGAGGCUGGGGCAGACGCCUCAAAAAAGAAGAAAUCCUGUCGUCUUGUCCCCGGCACAAUUACUAUCAUCAGUGGGGAGGGGCCCUGGACGGCUGUUCGUUCCGUGUCGCGAAUGGUCGGGUUGGGGGAAAACCAACAAAAAGAACAAGAAGAAGGCCCAGAAGAAGGCCAACGAGAAGGUGGCGGACAAGGUUACCGAGAAGGUUGAAGUGAUGCAGCUUGGUUGAACGUUUUCC